AUGUCUGAAGAACUUGUGCAAACUUUUGGAAAGAAGAAGACUGCUAUUGCUGUCGCUCAAUGUAAGAAGGGAAAGGGUCUCAUCAAGGUUAACGGUACCCCACUCGAACUUAUCCAACCUGAAAUCUUGAGAUUCAAGCUCUUCGAGCCUGUUCUCUUGUUGGGUAAGGACAAAUUCAAGCAAGUUGACAUCAGAAUUAGAACCAGAGGAGGUGGUAAGGUCUCUCAAGUCUAUGCUAUCCGUCAAGCUAUUGCCAAGGCUCUCGUCUCAUACUAUCAAAAGUAUGUUGAUGAAGCAUCCAAGAGAGAUAUCAAGCAAUCCUUGUUGGAAUAUGACAGAUCAUUGCUCGUUGCUGAUCCAAGAAGAAGAGAACCAAAGAAGUUUGGAGGUCGUAAGGCUAGAGCAAGAUUCCAAAAGUCUUACCGUUAA